GUUGGUGUAACAUCUGUGAGGACCCCAUUCAGACCACGUUCGUUGGAUGUUUACAGCUGAACCUGCGCUUCAUUCUUGCCAUGAAUUUGGGUCUUCCUCCCUGAAAACUAUUAUUGACAAACGAAUCAAUGCAAUCCGACAAACGUGAAGAAUAUCGCAUAGUAGUGAACAGAAAGCUUUCAUUGGACAACCGAAAACCUUCUGCAAUGAGUUCCCUGACCAUUCAAUAAGUAUAGUCACUUCCGCCACAGUGUUCAGUUAGCUUCACUAGCUAACUAGCUAGCUUACACUGAGUUGAACAUUUUGGUUGUGCUCCAAAAUAUUAACAAGUUAGCUAUGACAUCCUCCAUGGUAGUCCCUGUUAUUGAUGUGCAGAAUGAUAAUUUCAAAGAACUGUGGCCUGCAAUGGUCCUUGCAAUCAAGACUGCCUCCUACAUUGCACUGGAUACAGUAAGUGUUACAGCGAGUUUAGCAGACAAACAUAGCUGUGGGUGACUUACAUGCAUUGUUUACGUUCUGUACAUUGUGUUAAAAACCUUUAUGUAGGCCCAUUGACACUCAUUCUGUCUGCAUUCUGUUUUGUUUCAGGAAUUGAGUGGCCUUGGAAGCAGAAAAGCUUUGCUGGCAGAGUGAGUGUGGUUGAUUCUGUGUUUUUCUUCAUUAUUUAAUGUAGCUAAUGGGGUAAAUCCAUUUGAAUUAAGUCACUUUUUGACAGCACCCCUUUUGAUUUGAACGAAACCAUCCAUUCAGAAAGCGACUUUUUGGACCUGAGUGCCAAAAUAAUCAAGAGGUGCUCAAAGUUGACCCAUUUUUCAUACCCCAUCAUACCACGAGACAUCCAUAUUUUCAAACGGCUGAGAUUUAUAUAAUUUAAAAGCUUACACACAGGGUUGUCAAACUAUUGUAUUGUUAUUAUUAUUAUUAUUUAAAAUAAAAAUGUAAUCAUUUUAACCCAAGACUGCCCAACCCUGUUCCUGGAGAGCUACCUACUGUCCUGUAGGUUUUUGCUCCAACCCUAAUCUAGCACACCUGAUUCUAAUAAUUAACAGGUUGAUAAGAUGAAUCAGGUUAGUAACAUCUGGGGGGUUUUCUUCAUAUUUGCACAUGUUGUAGAUUAUACCCUAUUUUACAUAAUCUAAGGUUUUUGUGUUGUGUGGUUCAGACACAACAUGCUCUUGGAUACAGGGUGGGUGUCAUGUUUUGGCUGAUAAAAGUACUAAAAUGGGAAUAAAAUUGAAAUGUCAACUUUCAAAUGAUACCACAAAGAUGGUUGGAGGUCCAUACAUAAGAGAAUGUUGACUUGAAUGGGAAUAUCUGUUGUUUUAAAUUAUACCGUGGUCCUCUGUAGCUCAGCUGGUAGAGCACGGCGCUUGUAACGCCAAGGUAGUGGGUUCGAUCCCCGGGACCACCCAUACACAAAAAUGUAUGCACGCAUGACUGUAAGUCGCUUUGGAUAAAAGCGUCUGCUAAAUGGCAUAUUAUUAUUAUAUACUGUCAAUCCUCCAUAGGAAACCUCUUGAAAUAUAGAUCAUAGAAAAGACAUGACGAUUUAAGUUGAUAUUCGACAGUGGGUGGACUGGCUUUCAUCUUUGUUGUACAAAUUAGAAGUUCAAAUUUCAAUUCAAUUUACAUUUCAAUGGUGUACCAGCAAAAUUGCAGUGGUCUGAAGGGAUAGGUCUAUUCUAUGAAAUCUAUUUAUAUGAUUGAAAUGACAGCCGCCCUGUAUUCAAGAGCAUGCUGUCUCAACCGAUGGUGGGCACUACACAAAAACUUCAGACGUGAAAUAGGGUCUAACAUAUGCAAAUAUAUCAAAAUCUGACAUCAUUUUGAUAAAAAACCAGUUUGUAAUCUUUUAAAUGAUGAUCAAUCUCAGCCGUUUAUCUUUUCCGGUGAUGAAGAAAGACUGAUGUCUCCAUGGUAUGGUGGGGUAUGCAAAAUGGGUCAACUUUGAGCACCUUUAUCUCCUGAAUGUUUUGGCAUUCAGGUCCAAAAAGUCACUUUCUGACCACUUCUUCCAUGGGCAAACAUGUAUGGACAGUUUUGUUUAAAUCAAAAGGGAUGCUGUCAAAAAGUUAUUUAAUUCAAUUGGGUUUACCCAAUGUACUUUCACUAUGCUAUCUCAAGUUUUACAUUGGAUCUAUCUCUGUUUUCAUUUUAAGAUGCAUAGAGGAGCGUUACAAAGCCAUAUGCAAUGCAGCUCGCACACGCUCCAUUCUCUCCCUUGGGUUUGCUUGUUAUAAGAAACGUGAAAACAAGGUAAAUGUAUCCUUUGCACAUUUUGACAUUCAGAAAGCUUAACAUCAAAUGUUACAUUAUUUUAAUUUAUGUAUUAUCUCUUUCCAGGAUGAUGAUACGUACCUUGUUCAGGUGUACAACCUGACGUUGCUCUGCGAUGAGGAGUACGUAAUUGAACCACAGUCUGUGCAGUUCCUGGUGCAACAUGGAUUUGACUUCAACAAACAAUAUGCUGAAGGUGUCCCUUAUCUCAAGGGCAAUGACAAGGUGAGAUCAAGAUUUUGUUGUGAUCAGUCAUAGAUCGUGGACUAUUCCUUAUUGUUACCUUUAAGUGGUGAAGUGAUCCAGAGUUCUGUUCCUUUCUUGAUCCAGGGAGGGGAUGCCCAUGGAAUGAACAUGCGGAUGCUGUUUGUAGAACUCCUGCGUGCUCGCAAGCCAUUGGUUCUACACAAUGGCUUGAUCGACAUGGUAUUCCUAUAUCAGUGCUUCUAUGCCCACCUGCCAGAUAAACUUGCCACUUUCACUGCUGACCUGUCCCAGAUGUUCCCAGCUGGGAUAUAUGACACCAAGUACGCCACAGAGUAUGAGCUGCGCUUUGCUGCCUCUUACCUAGAGUAUGCCUACAAGAAAUGGUAAGUAUACUAAACUCUAAAUAUGACUUAUUUCCACCCAUACUACUACACAUUCAAGGAAGUAGUUACAGUAUUUUUGGUGUUCUUCCUUUUUUUUCACAGUAAAUUGGACAACAGCAAGUCUCUUGAGGUUGGUGGUAAUGGACGCCAUCUGUUCCUGGAGUUUUGCAAAUACUCAGGCCACCUGUCCAGCUAUGUGGACUACAGGCCCUGUCUGGCCGGGUCUAGCCUCGAGGGACCGCUGAAUGUCUGCCAGCGCUUCUCUGUAAGUACAUCACUUCUCAAACUUGUAGGCAAGCCCAGAUUCUGUUUUAAAGGAUCUCUAAAAUGUGUGUGACAUAAUGAUCAGCACUGGGGCACUUCAUGGACUCUGUUAUUUUGCAAUAACUAGUGUAUAACCAAGCCAUAUUUCUAAUGAUAAACUUAAUCUGAACAAUGCAGUGUCUUGACUCUGCAUCAUGACCCUGUUACACUUCAGCUGACACAAGUGUAGUGGGGUAAUAUUUAUCAUAAGUAUAUUAUAUAUAUAUAUAUAUACACCCCACAUGCAACUCGUAAUAAGACUAUGCAAUUAACCCAUUCAAUUAAUUAUCUGCCUACAUAAGAUAAAGAGCAAUAUGCAAGAGACUAUGUAAACCAUGUGCAAUCAAGUAUUAUGCAUUUAGCAGACUAAGAUCAAGGAAUGGUCAUGAGGAGCGAAUAUCAAAGCAAGUAUUAUUUAAUAACUUUGUAAAAUGAAUGGAUUCACAUAUAGAGCUUAAGUUACAAAGCAUUAUUCUAAGCAUGUUGCGUGAGAGAGAGUGUGUAGGUAUCUCACCACAGCAGUUCAGGAACAAAAAAGUGAAAGAAUGAAUCUAAGACCCUUUUAUAAGCAUCUGAGUUGUUUGGAUUCAAAAUCUGAGUUGUUGACCAAUAGCAUUACUGUAAAGUUAACCUCCAAUCAGAUGUCAGACCUGUAAAGACAACAGAACCUUUGCUUCUCAGAGGUGUGACAAUGGGGGUUGGCAAGAUAACACAGAAUGCUUGCAUACAGUUAAGUCAAGUAAAUCAGUCCAAUUUAUCACUAACUUAACGUCUUCUGUAUUUGGCAGGCUUACGGUUGGUGCCCCAAUGGGUCACAGUGUCCCUUGUCACAUGACACAGACCUCAUCAUCCAGCACGAUGAAAAAAACAAGGUGGAAAAGAAAAAGAAACGGAAGAGGAAAAGAAAAAACUCUUCUCAGGGGAACGUUGACUUUGAAGGUGCCCCCAAUAAUAAGCAGGCCCAUAUGGAGCUGAAUGAUGGAGAGCAGGGCCCAGACCAGGUGAUCCCUGCCACAGACAGCAAACCUACCCCUGUCACAGAGCAGGUAGAUGGGACUCCGGCACAGGGGUCAGAGAGCGGUGAGAAAAUUACAGAGAAGGUAGAGGAGGAAGGCAACAGAGUCGCAGAGCCACAGGCUGUGUCUGCAGAUGAAGAAAUUAAGACUGACAAAGGAAAUGGAGUGUCAGAGCCACAGCCUCUGGCCACACCGGAUGCAGCAAAGAAAGAAGAAAAUGAAGUGUCAGAGCCACAGCCUCUGGCCACACCGGAUGCAGCAAAGAAAGAAGAAAAUGAAGUGUCAGAGCCACAGCCUCUGGCCACACCGGAUGCAGCAAAGAAAGAAGAAAAUGAAGUGUCAGAGCCACAGCCUCUGGCCACACCGGAUGCAGCAAAGAAAGAAGAAAAUGAAGUGUCAGAGCCACAGCCUCUGGCCACACCGGAUGCAGCAAAGGAAGAAGAAAAUGGAGUGUCAGAGCCACAGCCUCUGGCCACACCGGAUGCAGCAAAGAAAGAAAAGUCCAUGAGGAAGAAGCUGGAGGGAGGUACCCACCGGGCAGGGUUUGAUGCAUUCAUGACCGGCUACAUCUUCUCUUAUGCCGCCACUCUGACAGAGAGAGUAGGUGAGUCACCGGGUUCAGAGUCCUGGCUCCCUGAGUGCCUGAACAAGGUUUACCUCAGUGGUAAGUCUGUCCCGAUGCAUAUUGUCAAGAGCACCUUCUCUAAGUCCUCCAAGGCUCACAUGCACAAGAUGGACAUUGUGUGGGGAAAGAGUUUUUCUAGCAGUGUGGCUAGCAAAGCAGAGGGAACUGGGUAA